AGAGAGGAUGCUGCAUUCAGCUAUUUCUUAAAUGAGUUUAGAAAGGACAGGGCACAGAGGCUCCCGGGAACACCUAGUAAUGUAAAGGGAUGCCCAUCUGCACCAGUAAAAGCAGUCAUUCAGCCCCCACCCCCUGCCAAUCACUAGAGGACACAACCUGUACAGCUGAGCAGUCGGAUGGUGUCUGCACAAAGCUCUCAUCAGCAGCCACUGGAAGGACCAAUUGUUCACACCCAAAGAGGAAAGGGACACAGGAGCCUGUCCCUUUCCCCCUCCUCUCCCCAAUCCCUGAAGGAGCAAUUAGUGCAGCUCUAGCAGCAGCUUCUGUGGAGAGGAACAGCCAUUGUCUCUUAACAGGUUCGGAGUGAGGAUUUCCCUGCUUUCCAGAUCCCCCUUUGCAGGCUCUGGGGUGGGUAGGAGGGUGCCAGUGGGCACUUAUUGGGCAGCCCUGCCUUCCUGCUGCUGCUGCUGGAGCUCAUGAUGCGAGCGCAGGGGAAUCCAAGUUACUGGCUCAUCCGCUGGCUGCCUGUGCUCUUCUAGGAGAGACUCCCGGACAGCGGCAGCAGCACUAGACUCGCAGCAGCAGGAGUGGAGAUUAUGGAAUAAGUGCAUCCGCGGCAGAAUGGAGUUUAUAUUGGGCUCAUUCUGCCUUCUUUUCUGCCUCAGACCAGGUGCAGGCUUUGGUGUGGACCCUUCCCUGCAGAUAGACAUCUUCAAGGAUCUCCAACUGGGAGAGGCCACCCCUGGAGUGCAGCAGGUUCAAGGAUUCCACAACCGGAGUAAAGCCUUCCUUUUCCAAGAUACAUCUAGAAGCAUAAAAGCCUCAACAGAAAAUGCAGAAAGAAUUUUCCAGAAGCUGAGAAAUAAACAUGAAUUCACAAUUUUGGUGACUUUAAAGCAGGCCAUGUUAAAUUCGGGCGUUAUUCUUUCUAUCCACCACUCAGAUCACAGAUAUUUGGAACUGGAAAGCAGUGGGCAUAGAAACGAAGUCAGAUUACAUUACCGCUCAGGAAGCCACCAGUCCCAAACGGAAGUUUUCCCUUACAUUUUGGCAGAUGAUAAAUGGCAUAGAUUUUCUAUAGCAAUCAGUGCAUCACAUCUGGUUUUGCACAUUGACUGUAACAAGAUCUAUGAGAGAAUUGUGGAAAAACCAUUUAUGGAUGUACCACCAGGGACAGCUUUAUGGUUGGGACAAAAAAAUAAUGUGCAUGGCUAUUUUAAGGGUAUAAUGCAAGAUCUACAAAUAGUUGUCAUGCCACAAGGGUUUAUCUCGCAGUGCCCUGAUCUUAAUCGCACAUGCCCUACAUGUAAUGACUUUCAUGGGCUUGUGCAGAAAAUUAUGGAGCUGCAAGACAUAUUGGCCAAGACAUCAGCAAAGCUGUCAAGAGCUGAGCAGAGGAUGAAUAGGUUGGAUCAAUGCUAUUGUGAGAGGUCUUGCACAGUAAAGGGCAACAUCUACAGAGAGCUGGAAUCUUGGAUGGUUGGAUGCAAAAAAUGUACAUGCACGAAUGGAACUGCUCAGUGUGAAACACUUACCUGUUCUGUGCCCAACUGUUUGAGUGGAUUUUCUCCUGCAUAUGUUCCUGGCAAAUGCUGCAAAGACUGUCAACCUGUCUGUAUGUAUCAAGGCCAAAUGUAUUUUGAAGGGGAAAGAGAAGCUGUCUACUCUAGCUCAGGACUAUGUGUGCUAUUUCAGUGCAAGGGUAAUACAAUGCAGCGCGUUGAAUCACCAGAAUGUUUGCCCCUGAACUGUCCCCAGUCACAGCAAAUCACUUUGCAGAACAGCUGUUGCAAGGUUUGCAAAGGACAUGACUUCUGUUCAGAAGGACACAACUGCAUGGAAUAUUCCAUCUGUAAGAACCUAGAUGAUAAAGCUGUUUGCAUUUGUCGGGAUGGCUUUCGGGCCCUUAGAGAAGAUAAUGCUUACUGUGAAGAUAUUGAUGAAUGCACUGAAGGUCGUCAUUACUGUCGGGAAAAUACAGUUUGUGUGAAUACUCCGGGCUCCUUCAUGUGUGUCUGUCAAACUGGCUAUUUGAAAAUUGAUGAUUACUCUUGCACAGAGCACAACGAGUGUGCAACCAACCAGCAUAGCUGUGAUGAAAAUGCAAUGUGUUUUAACACCGUGGGAGGACACAACUGUGUUUGCCAGCCUGGAUAUACAGGGAACGGCACUGUCUGCAAGGCUUUCUGCACGGACGGCUGCAGAAAUGGGGGCACCUGCAUAGCUCCUAAUAUUUGUGCAUGCCCACAAGGCUUUACAGGACCAGGAUGUGAAGCAGACAUUGAUGAAUGCACUGAAGGUUUUGUUCAAUGUGACAGCCGUGCUAACUGCAUUAACCUACCCGGCUGGUACCACUGCGAAUGCAGAGACGGCUACCAUGACAAUGGAAUGUUUUCCUUAGGCGGAGAGUCAUGUGAAGACAUUGAUGAAUGUGCAACGGGAAGACACAGCUGCAGUAAUGACACCAUGUGCUUCAAUUUGGAUGGAGGAUUCGAUUGUCGCUGUCCACAUGGAAAAAACUGUUCUGGUGACUGCACACACGAAGGAAAGAUUAAGCACAAUGGGCAGAUUUGGGUGAUAGAAAAUGAUCGCUGCUCUGUUUGCUCUUGUCAGGUUGGGUUAGUAAUGUGUCGCCGUAUGGUCUGUGACUGUGAGAAUCCAACUGUUGACCUUUUUUGCUGCCCUGAAUGUGACCCAAGGCUAAGUAGUCAAUGUUUGCACCAGAGUGGAGAGCUGACAUAUAAAAGUGGAGACACAUGGGUACAAAAUUGCCAGCAGUGCAGAUGCUUACAAGGAGAAGUUGAUUGCUGGCCCUUGCCGUGCCCAGAAAUUGAUUGUGAAUUUAGCGUGGUUCCAGAAAGUGAAUGCUGCCCACGCUGCAUCAUUGACCCAUGCCAAGCAGAUAUUAUACGCAAUGACAUCACAAAGACUUGUGUAGAUGAAACAAAUGUGGUUCGGUUUACAGGCUCCACUUGGGUAAAACAAGGCACGGAGUGCACCCUCUGUCAGUGCAAGAAUGGCCACAUGUGUUGUUCAGUGGAUCCCCAGUGCCUUCAGGAGCUGUGAAAAGAACUGAUGACUUUGGUCUCCACAAAUAAAGAAUGUUAUUCAUCCUCAAAGACCUUACACCAAAAAAUGAACAUAAUUGUAAAAUAGUAUUACAACAAUAUUGCUUACUACGACCAUUUGCAAAAUAAAUGUAUUAAAAAAAAACAAAUUGCUCCCAAACACCUGAAAACACCUGAAAACUGUACUACAUGUCUGAUUUCUGUCAGCUCCAGGCCUAAUAUUUUGAGUAUUCAGAUGGAACUCAACCAGAAGUUUGACAGUAACGAAGUAAUGUCCUGAAAAGUUCAGCAGGUGUCAAAAAUAACAAUCCCAUUUUUUAUUCUAGUUUUCCAAAUGGUUGAAUUCCACCAAAACACAGGAAAGCUGACUGUUUGGUAAUUUGUACUCAGAAUGACACAUACACACACCCACGCUGAAAAAUGACCUAUAUAGCUUUGAGAGAUGCAUUUGUUUGAUCCUUAUUAAAAUGAAUCUGUUAUAUUUCUCACUAUUUAUUACCUGCACAUUUUCUGGGUUGUCGCAGAUUUUUGGCUGAAAUAUUUUAUUACAUAUUGUAGAAAGUGUUUUUGAAAAAAAAAAUCCAAUUAAUAUAUGUGGUGGUAAAAGCACCUCUUAUUCUUUUGUAACCAUACGAAACCAACUGAGUUAUGCCUGUGUUGGCAUGGAAUAAAAGGUGUGCUCAUUGGGGAAGUCCAUAAUUUAAUUUUAAUUUUCUUGCACUUUUUUUUAACCUGUUUAGUACAAUUGUGUUCUUGUGAUGAUUUAAAUAAAUGUUUCUCUUACAAA